AUGGCCGGUGGCUUCCUCCCAUACCACGAACCCGGAACUGUCGAUAUCCUUAUCAUCAUCUCUUUCUUCUUUUUCCUUUCCCUCGCAAAAUGGGUCUCCGCGAAGGUAAUCCAGGCCGGAAUUAUAGGCCAAAUCGCCGUCGGCAUCAUCUACGGUGUACCGUUGGCCGAUAUCCUUGAACAUAACUGGCAGAAGACCUUUUCUGUUCUAGGAUAUAUCGGUCUGAUUUUGAUCAUUUUCGAAGGCGGUCUUGGCACUCGUGUCGAUCUUCUGAAGCAGAAUUUCACUCUGAGUAUGAUUGGAGCGGCAACUGGCGUUGUAUUUCCAAUUGGUCUUUCAUUCCCUUUGCUAUAUCUUGGCUUUGGAUAUGGUGCGGUUGAGACCUUUAUCAUCGGAGCAUCUCUUUCCGCUACUUCACUUGGAACCACCUUUGCUGUGAUCAGCUCUGCGUCUGGCUCGGUCAAUCUCGCCGAGACCCGAGUAGGGUCAGUUCUAGUGAGCGCUGCUGUCAUCGACGAUGUUGUAGGACUGGUCAUGUUAAGUGUCAUUGCUGACUUGGGCAAAAUCUCCGGAGAUGGCGAUGUCAAUCUGGGCUGGCUUAUUGGGCGUCCCAUAGUGGCAUCAAUCGCCAUGGCUAUCGUAACACCCAUCGUCACCAAAUGGGUCUUUGCUCCUUUUUUCCGAACGUUCAUUGAAUACCACUUUGCCCGAUUCGACCAUAUUUCCAACAUCAUCCUCAUGACCCUUGUUCUUUCGGCGUUUGUUGCAAUUGCUGGCUUUGCUGGUACAUCCGUCCUGUUUGGUGCCUUUCUGGCAGGCGUAUUCAUCUCAUACCUACCAAGCAAGCACCCCGACGGACCAUUUGUGGUCAUGAGUCGUGAGGAAGGCGAGCGCGAGGCGGAUAAAAGCCCCACUUUUAUCCAUACAUUUGAGAAAUAUCUGUUAGGAACUCAGCAGUAUUUGAUGGAGCCUCUGUUCUUUGCAAGUAUCGGAUUUGCGAUUCCGUUCGUGCAGCUGUGGACGGGAAAACGAAUUUGGAGAGGUGUGGUUUACACCCUUCUCAUGGCAUUUGCAAAGUGUAUCGUCGGAAUCUGGAUCCCCAUAUGGCAACUUGCUGGGAGUAAAUCUCACAAAAAAGAGUCACAUGAACGGCAGAAGAGACGGCGAGGACCAAAAAACGAAAACAACAGCGCAAGCGACGAUGAGAAAAGCAUGCAAGAGAAGGGAAAACGGUGGAACCGAGCCUGGCUCGCCGCAGCACUUUUAGGAUCUGCUAUGGUAGCACGCGGUGAGAUUGGGCUUCUGAUCAUCGAAAUUGGACACAACGAAACUCCGUAUGUUAGUGAUGAAGGUUUCAUCACUGGUGUUUGGGCCAUUCUUUUGAAUACUAUCAUUGGCCCAAUUACUGUCGGUCUCCUGGUUCGAUUCUACGCUCAAAAGAUCGAAGAAGGGGAAUGGGGAGUGCAGGAUAGUUCCAUGCCUGUCUCGAGUCAUGCUGAUGCACACGGAGCGGUAUAG